AAUCGUAUCUGGCCAGCCAAUGAAGUGAUAGCCUGAGCAGUAAAAUAUGUGUUUGGGAAGUUAGAUAACACCUUACGAUGGUGCCAAACGUGGGUGUAAAUUUCAGGAGCUGAAUAUUUCAAGUAUAUCUAGUGUGUUGCCAAGUCAAGAGAGCAGAAGGGAACCAUCAUGGGAAGAAAGACUAUUUUGCUUCUGAUCAUGGGGGUCUUCUGGGCAUAUUAUAUAUAUAUUCCUCUCCCAGAUAAUAUUGAAGAGUCAUGGAAACUACUGUGCAUGACCACGUAUUGGAAAAUUCUAACAGAUUUGAGUCUGUUUGCUGAACUACUGGGAGUCAACCAUUUCAUGAACAUUUUUAUGUUCUUUAUGAACCUUCAAGAAGUUCCACCCACAUCUGAUGAAAAUGUCACUGUGAUGGAGACAACUUUCAACAAUGUUCCUGUCCGUGUAUACGUACCAAAACGAAAGCCAGAGAGACUAAGAAGGGGUUUAUUUUAUAUUCAUGGUGGUGGUUGGUGUCUGGGGAGUGCUGCUUUUCUUGGUUAUGACUCUCUGUCAAGACGGACAGCUGAUAGACUUGAUGCUGUUGUCAUUUCAACCAACUACAGACUAGCACCUAAAUAUCACUUUCCAAAUCAGUUUGAAGAUGUAUAUAAUGCAUUAAAGGGGUUCAUGCGCCAAGAUGUUCUUGAUAAAUAUGGUGUGGAUCCUGAAAGAAUUGGUAUUUCUGGAGACAGUGCUGGAGGGAAUUUGGCGGCAGCAGUGGCUCAACAGCUCAUAGACGACCCAGAUGUGGAGAUCAACCUCAAGACCCAGUGUUUAAUUUAUCCUGCCCUUCAGACUCUUGAUAUGGAUUUACCAUCAUAUCGGGAAAAUUCACAUUUUCCAAUUCUGCCCAAAUCAUUGAUGGUCAGGUUCUGGAGUGAAUACUUUACCGUGGACAAAUCUCUUGUAAAAGCUAUGUUCUCCAAUCAACAUGUACCAGUGGAAUCAAGCCAUCUGUACAAAUUUAUUAAUUGGAGUUCCUUGCUCCCUGAGAAGUUUAAGAAAGGAUACUUUUAUAAAAGUCCAACUUAUGGUAGUUCUGAGCUGGCUAAAAAAUAUCCGGGGUUUCUAGAUGUGAGAGCAGCCCCCUUGUUGGCUGAUGACAACAAACUGCGAAGUUUACCCUUGACCUAUGUCAUCACCUGUCAAUAUGAUGUCUUAAGAGAUGAUGGAAUUAUGUAUGUCACCCGACUUCAGAAUGCCGGGGUUCAGGUGACCCAUAACCAUAUUGAGGAUGGAUUCCAUGGAGCAUUUUCCUUUUCUGGAUUUAAAAUUGCAGAUAGACUAGAAAAUCAGUAUAUGAACUGGCUAAGUGAAAAUCUAUAGUAAAAAUCUGAGGAAGGGGUUCAUAAAAGUAUGUAAACUUCAAAUAGGAAACAAACUAGUGAGAAUCAAAGGGUUAUGUUUGGGUUGAUGUUUAUCAUCUGUGACCUUUCUAAGUCUUCAUAGCUAUCAUGUGGUUUAGUUUUUUAAAUCAGAGGAUUCUUUAUUUCUUGUCCCAAAUGCUGUUUACUCACUUCUGUACUUUAGAAACUAUCUACUUUCCUGUAUAUUUUUUUCUG